AUGGCACUUGUUGCCUCUGGUAAGCAGAUUAUUCUCAAUUUUGAUGAUAUUGCUGUAUCAAAUGACCAUGGCUGUGCCAAUUCGACAUUGGUUGACACAUCACCCUACCAUGGCAUAGCCAUUCCGGGUCUGGUACUUAAUGCUACAAAAACUCCGGCUUGUAGCUCUACAUUAGACGAAGAAAUGAGCGUAGCAUUGUUUGGCCGGGCAACUUCACCCACAAAUGUUUUAUUUGCUCAAGGCACACUGGAUGCCCAAAUUAUCUUUGAUAUAAGUGUCAAAUUUGAAGCUUUGAUAAACGAAGCUACUUUUGACAUAUCGCCUGUUUUUACGAAUCCCGAGCUCAAUUCAAGCAAUGCAACUGUCAUUGUUAGUACUUUACAGUCCGAUUUUGGCAAUGUUAAUGUCGAGAACAAGUUUCAGUUUCACACUGGAACGGAAGGAUUGGGUCCUUACCAUAUUAAUGUCUCCUCGAAUGGUGCUGAAUACCAAUUCCUUGAGGUCUCAGUAACGAUACUUUCUGAAAACACAUUCCUUCCGGGACAAUCUAGGGCUUCUGCAUUUUUUAUCGAUAGCCUGAUCUUGGAAAACAUAGACUAA